CAGUCGACUAGAGACACUCCAUUGGUAUAUACCAUUGCCCUCGCUGAAACGAUGCCAUGCAAUCGCGUUCUCCUUUGUGCAGUUGUGCGUCGUCGAACUGCCCAACACUCCCAACAUGGACGACCAUUCGGGCCUUUCACAGGACUCCAAGUCAGUUUUCCCCUUCGCGAUCGCGACAUGGCUUGUCGUUCUCUGGAUAGGCUAUAGGAUCGCCAUUGCCGCUUACAACAUAUCACCUUUCCAUCCAUUGUCUCAUUUCCCAGGCCCAAAGAUCGCAGCUGUAUCCUACCUCUACGAAGCAUACUACGACUGGUGGCUCGGAGGACGAUAUGGCAAAGUCAUUGCCCGCAUGCACGAGCAAUACGGUCCCAUCGUACGCAUAAACCCAGACGAACUACAUUGCUCCGACCCUGCUUUCACAGACGAGAUAUAUGCUGGCCCCGGUCGCUCGCGCGAUAAGUGGCAGCAUCAACUGAACACUGGUGGAGUCGGACCUGUUGCGGUAACUGGAUUCUCGACAGUUGACCAUGACCUACACCGCGCACGGAAGGCGCCAUUGAGCAAGUUUUUCUCGCGUCAACAGAUGUUGAAGCUGGAGGGCGAAGUACAUGAGUUUGCCAUGAUGACGGCGAACAAGAUGCUCACUUUCGCUGGGAAAAGCGCCUUUGACGUCAAAGAAGCAUUCAACUGCUAUACUGCCGACGUGAUUUCCCAAUACGCAUUCGGUGAGCCCAUGGGCUUUGUCGCACAGGAAGGCUGGGAACCAAACUUCGCAACCUGGGUCAAGUCAUUCUUCAAGAGCGCAUACAUGAUGCGUCACAACGUUUUGGGUCGAAAGAUGGCGCAGGUCCUACCGUUCAUGGCUGAUUAUCUCGGCGAAGAUAUCAAGGCUGUCAUGCGAGUCAUGAACGUAACCAUUCCCCAGUACAUUGGCCAGGCUUUGAAGAACCCAGAGAACGGACGUGUUUUCGCUGAAGUCAUGGGUAAGGACAAGACUAUGUCUGAGGAGGAGAAGUUCCGCUACAAUGGCGAGGGUUUCAACUUUUUGCUUGCGGGUACCGAAACUACAGCUGCUAUACUUACCGUCUUCACCUACUGGACAUUGGCAAAGCCAGAGGUUUACCAGAGACUCCUGGCCGAUCUGUCCAGCGCCGGUAUCAACCUACAGACGCUCAAAUGGGUGGAACUAGAGAAGGUACCAUACUUCUGGGCUGUCCUGCAAGAGUGUCUGCGCAUGAUGCCUGGUGUGUCCCAUCGCUCAGCCAGGAUUGCUCGCUUGGAAGACUUACAUUACGUGUCCGCGGAUGGCAAAUCCGACUGGGUCAUUCCGAGAGGCACCCCCAUUGGCAUGACAUCCAUGAUCAACCACUGGAACAGGGAGCUUUUCCCCGACCCCGAUGAAUUCCUUCCUGAACGUUGGCUAUUGGAGGAUGGAUCGCAAAACUACGCACUGCAAAAGAAGCUGAUCGCAUUCGGAAAAGGAAGCCGCAGCUGCAUCGGUGAGCAACUGGCGUACUGUGAGCUGUACAUCAUGGGCGCGUACAUGGUACUCAAUGUUCUUCCGAGGGCGAAGCUUGUGGACACUGUGAAGGAGGACAUCACAUAUGACCAUGACUUGAUUGUUGCGCAGACGACGAAGGGCUCCAUUUCUGUUCGCAUCGCUAUCGAGUAAAUGGGCUUUUAAUAUUGUGAGGGUGGCAAGGGUUGCUAGUUUGGGUAGGAAAAUACAUGAUUGAUCAUGAACGAUACCGACUUGGUAGAGGCCAAGCAGGACGCGCGCUGAGAAGGGUAGUGACGCGUGUUGUAUGUCUGUUGAUGUUGGAAGUCGCGACUAGGCUGACGCCGGUGCUUGGCCAAGAGGGUUCCACCCAGCCACGUGCUAUCAUAUUCCGCAGCGCGACUUUCCAUGGCUGCUUCAGCAGUACACCCCGCUUUGACCUAUGGCCCAAGCGUUAAUCUCUAUAUACC